UUUUUUAUUAGUAUAUUUUAACAGUCAACAAAUAUUUAUAAUCUUCAAGUGUUAGAGGAAAAAAAAAAGAAAAAAAUUGGAUUGAAAGAUUUUAGGGGGAUUGUUUUCAAAUAUUGUCUUUUUUUUUUUAUCUGAUCUAAGUAGGCCACAAACAUUUCAAGAGCAAAAGAGAAACCGGGAGAAACUGUGGGUUAUACGACAAUGUCAAAGUAACGUUAAAUAUAGAAGUUUGUGAAAACAGAAAAAAAAAAGUCAAGCUUGACGAGUUUUACUAAACGGUUUUCUUCUUUUUUGAAAAAGAAAAAAAAAACACUGAGUAGCAGAUACAAAGUAAAUUAAAUAAUGUAUACAUGCAUUAAUUGUGGCAUUGAAGUCGAAGAACUUUAUAGAAGAUACAGUCCAAGUGUUUUGAAGGUUUUAAAAUGCGGUAACUGUUGUAAUUUGGCAGAUAAGUACAUCGAAUACGAUCCUGUUAUUGUAUUAGUAGAUCUAGUUUUGCUUGAAAAACCAGCUUAUCGACAUCUACUUUAUAACAGUAAUUUUCAAUCGUACUGGAAGCUGAUGGUUGUUUUACUUUUGGGCGAAUCAUUUAGAGCAUGGUCAAUAUUCAAAAAUUAUCAAAUUGAUCAAGACUCAGAUGAUCAUCAGAAUUACCCGCAAAACAACAAAUUUGAUAGCGAAAGAAGUUUUUAUAUACUUCUUGCUCAUACAGCACUAUCGUUGGGUGCUUUCGUUCUUGCUAUGAUAAUUAGUACAGAGAUAAGAUGGUUAAUUAUGGGUGUACGACCACAAAAGUAUAAAAUUUCUGAUCUUUUUCACGCAUUGAUUGUUGGAGGCUGUGCUAAACUUCUAGGACUUCUUGGCGUGAUUUGGCAGUACGUUGCUCCAGAACUUUUUUAUGUACUUAUUCAUGGUUACACUAUGCUAUGUCUUUUAACUGCAUACUCAGUAAUCUGCGAGAGUGGAAGGACUGGAUCAUUAAUUGGAUUAUCUAGUGGAUUAAUAGCAUACAAUUAUGUAUCCAAUUUGAUUUCUUGGUUUCCAUUAAUAAUUACAAAUACUACAGAAACUGAUGAUGUUACAUAA